AUGAGCGCCAUCGCCCUAGGUUUUGCACUGGAACCCUCGUCCAUUUCCUCAUAUACUUCUGCCCUUCACUCUUACCUCGCCUUCUGUAGUAGGCAUGGUUUCCCCAUAGAACCCACCCCAGACACCCUUUCUUUUUUCGUUGUAUACACAUGCCAUUUCAUCAAACCUUCUUCUGUACGAUCUUACCUUUCGGGUAUUUGUAACCAGCUCGAACCCCUCUACCCUUCUGUCCACCAAUCUCGCAAGGACAAGCUCGUUACUCGCACCCUGACGGGCUGCACCAAGCUUCGUGCUAUCCCCACCCAUCGCAAACGCCCGAUCGGUCGCGACAAACUCGCUGAUGUGUGCACCUCCCUCCGCCCCACAGCAUCUCACGACGACCUCCUUUUCCUCGCUAUCCUCACCACAUCCUUCCAUGGUCUCAUGCGUCUGGGUGAAAGUGUAUUACCUGACAAGAUUGCCCUGCGCGACUACCGGAAGGUCAUUUCGAGGUCCUCUGUGUCUGUCUCUGACUCCUCCUUUUCUUUCCUCCUGCCGUCACACAAAGCUGACCGCCUUUUUGAGGGCAACCGUGUCCUCAUCAACUCGACCACCACCCCCAACAACCCCGUUUCCAUAUUCAAGGCCUAUCUUGCCUCCCGUGAUGCACAUUUUGACCUCCACCCACACCUCUGGCUUCGCGGAAACGGCACAGUUCCCACCCACAGCUGGUUCAUCAGACACCUACGAAUUCACUUCGACGGAGACAUCGGCGGCCACUCACUUCGUGCUGGUGGCGCAACUGCAUUGGCUCUUGCGGGCAUUCCCUUGCACCUCAUUCAGGCUAUUGGCCGGUGGUUGUCUGAAACUUUUGCUAUCUAUAUUCGACAUCACCCUGCCCUGCUUGCCGCCCUUAUCUCCCACCCUUUCCAAUCUUCUGAAUCCUUGAUUUCGUGA